AUGCAGUCUUUUGAUGCUAUUGUUGUUGGGGCCGGAUUCUCAGGAAUCAGUGCUCUCUAUCAACUUCGACAACAGGGGUUGUCGGCGAAAUUAUUUGAAAAGGCCCCCGAAGUUGGAGGUGUCUGGUAUUGGAACAAAUACCAGAAUGCAGCCAGCGAUACUCCUAGCGAACUGUACAGAUUUAGCUGGGAUAAAGACAACUUGCAAACUUAUCCAUGGCCAACCCAUGUUCUUCCUCAAGGAGAAAUUCAAGGCUACUUGAAGCAUAUCGUCGAUCACUAUGACUUAAGGCAGCAUAUACACUUUUCUUCUGAGCUCAAGUCUGCAUCCUUUAACGAAAGUGCAUGGACUGUCAAGUUUUCCACCGGUGAAAGCUUCAAGGCAACAUACCUGAUUCUUGCUGUGGGCACAUUCAAUAAAACCGUUUGGCCCAACUUUCCUGGGCAUGAAAAAUUUAAAGGCGAACAAUAUCACACAGGACUUUGGCCUGAGCAUCGUGAUCUGCGAGGCAAACGAGUCGGAAUUGUCGGCACCGGCUCUUCAGGCGCUCAACUUCUUGUCGGCCUUGCAGACGAGGCAAAGGAAGUAGUAUCGUUUCAACGCUCAGCGCAAUACGUGGUUCCCAAUAGCAAGAGCCCGGUCCCAGUCGAAUACAGAGAGAGGGUGAACAAGACCUAUGACGACAUCUGGAACAAGGUCCGAAAGUGCCCGCUUGGAUGGGGCUAUGAUUUGAAGACCACCAAGACUUUUGAUGUCAGCGCAGAGGAGAGAGAGAAGGUCUUUGAGGCGGCUUGGAACUCUGUAUGGGGCUUCUCCAUGACUUUUGACACAUUCGCCGAUGUUGUGACGGAUGAAGCGGCAAACCGAGAAGUGUGCCGCUUUAUCCAGAAGAAGAUUGACACGAUUGUAAAGGAUCCCAAGAAGCGUGACACGCUUACUCCGCCGGCAGGUGCACUCUGGGACAAGCGGCCCGUCUGCUGUGCCGGCUACUACGAGGCCUUUAACAAGGAGAAUGUGGAUGUUGUCAACUUCAAGAAGACGCCCCUGGUCGAAAUCACCGAAAAGGGCAUCCGGACUACAGAGAAGGAAUACGAGCUGGACGUUAUUGUCUAUGCCACUGGCUACGAACAAGACGGAAGCUGGAUUGAGAUCGACAUUACCGGGCCCAACGGCAAGUUGUCUGACAAGUACGCCGAAGGAGCAACUGCCUACCUGGGAGUCUCCAAGGCGGGAUUCCCCAACCUCUUCUUCAUGAUUGGACCCCAGACGCCGCUCGCCAGCAUCCCGUCGAUUGCCGUGUUCCAAGGCGAAUUCCUCACGCAGCUAAUCUCAAAGGCCGAGAAGACCAAGAAAGUGACGGGCAAGCCAGUUGUUGUCGAUACUAUUCAGCAAGACGAAGACGAGUGGGUGAAGCAUUCCAACGCAGUUGCAGAAGCAACCGUCUUCUAUAAAGGAAACUCGUACUUUUUCAGCGAUCACAAUACUCCUAGAGCGCCCAAGAAUGGCAAGAGACAUGUGCUUUGGGGACUUGGAGGUUUCCACACUUAUGUCAAUGCUUGUCAAGAGGCGCUUGAUGCCAACUAUCGUGGAUUCACAUUUACGUCCUAGUAUGACCUUGGAAGGAGAUUUAGAGGAGUGUCAAAUUAGCGCAAUAGAGAGGCUGAAAGGGAAAAUAUAAAAAGAAAAAGAAAAAGAAAAGGAAACGAAAAGAAAGAUUGACAUAUAUUUAUUUCGUUACAUUCGUUAGAGUAACUGAUAGAUUUGAUUACAAUAGCGACAAGUUUGUUC